GAUUCCAGCAUGACAUUGACUGCAUGCCUAGAAUCGCCCCGAAUGUUAGUGAAAUUCGGUCGUUGAGACGGGGAUAUAAUUGCGGUUCGAACUAAGCGACCGCCGGACUCCUUGUUCUGGUAAAGCUAGGGGCAUGAAAAACAAGCCCUACGAAGUUCGGAAGUGAUCUAAGGCAGCGCUGUUUUGUAGCUAAACUGCCGCGCACUUCCGGCACUCAAAAGGUAAUCCACCGCGAACUGCUUCACUACUGUCUAGGAAACCUUUUGCUAGAGUACAACUCGGCAUUGUCCUACCCUUUAAAAAUGAUAGCAUCUAGUGGUCAGAAAUGUCUUCAGUAAACUGUGUGUGGAGUCUAAUCUCAUUAUGUAGCUAACCUUCCCUCAGAUAUGUGCUUUUCUCUUGGUGCAUUUGAGCCUGUGCUGGUCCCAGGCCCAGCAGGCUCCAGGAGAUGAGGACGAUCGAUGUACAGUUAAUCAUGAAAAUCCCCCCACAAUAUCCCGACACUGUGAGGAAUCUGAUGGACAGUUACAACUAUGAGAACCUCUUACCUGGAAAUGGAACUGGGAACUCUCCCCAUAGCUACUGCAGUCUGGAACGACUUCAGUUUUGAUGGAAAUGAUGUCACUCCUGAAACACUGAGCCCAACUUAUUGGCAGCAAGGAGCUGGAGGAAUAUGUCGAUUUCAGACACGUGUUUGUGGAUGGAGGCGGAAUGAAGUCAUAAUUUCUCAGAAUAACUGGCUCUUUACUCAACACAUCAGUCAGGACUUUGAUCGCAAUGAUUAUGGCUACAAUGUUGAGAUACAUGUGGAGGCAAUUUACUCGUUGCAGAGUUGCAGAGAAAGGCAAGGUUGUAUACAAAGAUUCAAUCUUCUCCACUACAUGACUAACUCACAACAGCUCCCCAGUACCAGUGGAAAUGGAUACAUGAAUACCCAAAAUUAUGAAAAUUUCGCAGUACCAGAAGGACCGACUUCCUCAGAGACAUACACCAAUACCUACAAUUUCACUCUGCCACCAUCUUCCACUGGUUUCUACAUAGCUGUCCAGGACAUUGGGUCAUGUAUAGCUCUAUCAAGACUGAGAAUCUAUCGUGAAAAUUGCAAGUCAUUUCAGACUGGACUGGUCCUCUAUCCUGAUGCUCCUGCUCCAGUGUCUGGCUCGGCAAAUAUUGAUAUCAGUUGUGUUGAGAAUGCAGUGGUCUCUGGAAGCUCAAGAGUCACAUGUGGCAGUGAUGGAACAUGGGGUUCUCAGAAUCCUGUGUGUCAGUGUAGACUUGGAUAUGAGAAUAGGCAGACGGAGUGUAUUGCUUGUGGAGCUGGUCAGUAUCGUUCCAGUGAAGACACUACCUGCCAGCGAUGUCCUGCCAAUUGUGAAACUGAUGAGGUGGCUGCCGACGAAUCCAAUGAAGCACCAAGUGCACCAUGUACACAACCUCCCAGUGCUCCAGGCAGCCUUUCACUGAGUCCCCAACAGAGCAGUAUAACUGUCAGAUGGUCAGCACCAGCAGACCUUGGUGGGAGGAGAGAUCUCUACUAUCAGGUGGAAAUCAGUGACCCAGACAACCUGGGGUCGUUCACUGGGACAGUAUUCCUCAGUGGAAGUACCACCAGUAGGACAAUCUCUGGCCUAAGACCACACACUCAGUACUGUGUCAGAGUGACAGCCCACAAUGGAGUCAGUGACCAGGACCCUGAUGGAGAACACCUCAGGACUGUAGAGGAGUGUACUACAACAUCAGAAGCUCGUCCAGGAGCGGUGAGUGGAGUUCAGGGGACGUAUCCCUAUGUGGUGUGGAACCCACCAGAGGAGCCAAAUGGAGUCAUCACGGGCUACAGACUGGUGUUCAGUAGGUCAGGGACCUCCACUACGAGGACUGUCACCACCACUAAUGAUCAGACCUUCUACAUCAUCCAAUCAUCUAAUAUCCCCUGGACCUCCGGAGAUUUCAGAGUAACAGUUGCAGCUGGGAACAGUGUCGGUUUCGGAACUCAGUCGUCAACUUUCACACUCACAAUUGGUGUUCUACAUGCCCACCACCUCCGCCACCCAACUGCCCAGGUAAAGACACAUCGGAACUCCCUCAGAGAGGAAAGAGAUACCAACAACGACAACAACACACUGGCUUUCACCUUACAAGAGGUCAGGAGUACACUGGCAGAUCUGAAGGAGCCAGGACUGUGCAUGUCUGUAUCCCAAGGUCCGCUGUCUUCCUCGACCAACGAUGAAUCUUCCAUUGACGGGACUUCGAUUGCUGUUUCCAUCAUUGUAACCUUCGUAGUGACUGCAGCCGCAGUGGGAUUUCUCUCAGUCGUCUUUGCUUUGUUUUGUGUUCAUCUGAGCCUGUGCUGGGCCCAGGCUCCAGGAGAUGAGGAUGCACGAUUUUACAGUUAUGAGAACCUCUUACCUGGAAAUGGAACUGGGAACUCUCCCAUAGCUACUGCAGUCUGGAAUGACUUCAGUUUUGAUGGAAAUGAUGUCACUCCUGAAACACUGAGCCCAACUUAUUGGCAGCAAGGAGCUGGAGGAAUAUGUCGAUUUCAGACACGAGUUUGUGGAUGGAGGCGGAAUGGUGUCGUAGUUUCUCAGAAUAACUGGCUGUUUACUCAACACAUCAGUUCAGAUUUUGACUCCAACAUUUACAACUAUGAUGUGACAAUACAUGUAGAGGCAACUUACUCAUUGCAGAGUUGUAGAUUACGACAAGGUUGUAUACAAAGAUUCAAUCUUCUCCACUACAUGACUAACUCACAACAGCCUCCCCAUACCAGAAGGACCUGUUUUCCUCAAAGGACUUACACCAAUACCUACAAUUUCACUCUGCCACCAUCUUCCACUGGUUUCUACAUAGCUGUCCAGGACAUUGGGUCAUGUAUAGCUCUAUCAAGACUGAGAGUCUAUCGCAACAACUGCAAGUCUCGUCAGGUUGGACUGGUCCUCUAUCCUGAUGCUCCUGCUCCAGUGACUGGCUCAGCAAAUAUUGAUAUCAGUUGUGUUGAGAAUGCAGUGGUCUCUGGAAGCUCAAGAGUCACAUGUGGCAGUGAUGGCACAUGGGGUUCUCAAAGUCCUGUGUGUCAGUGUAGACUUGGAUAUGAGGAGAGGCAGACGGAGUGUAUUGCUUGUGGAGCUGGUCAGUAUCGUUCCCGUGAAGACACUACCUGCCAGUCAUGUCCUGCCAACUGUGAAACUGAUGAGGUGGCUGCCGACGAAUGUGAGUGUUUGGUUGACUACGAUAGAAACAACGUGAACAGAAUGACUGCAACAGGAGCACAGCCCUUCCUCACUCUUCCAGCCACUGAACUUCCAAGUGAAAAAUGUACACAACCUCCCAGUGCUCCACGCAGCCUUUCACUGAGACCCCAACAGAGCAGUAUAACUGUUAGAUGGUCAGCACCAGCAGACCUUGGUGGGAGGAGAGAUCUCUACUAUCAGGUGGAAAUCAGUGACCCAGACAACCUGGGGUCAUACACUGGGACAGUAUUCCUCAGUGGAAGUACCACUAGUAGGACAAUAUCUGGCCUAAGACCACACACUCAGUACUGUGUCAGAGUGACAGCCCACAAUGGAGUCAGUGACCAGGACCCUGAUGGAGAACACCUCAGGACUGAUGACGAUUGUAGUAGAACAUCAGAAGCUCGUCCAGGAGUGGUGAGUGGAGUUCAGGGGAAGUAUCCCUAUGUGGUGUGGAACCCACCAGAGGAGCCAAAUGGAGUCAUCACGGGCUACAGACUGGUGUUCAGUAGGUCAGGGACCUCCACUACGAGGACUGUCACCACCACUAAUGAUCAGACCUUCUACAUCAUCCAAUCAUCUGAUGUCCCCUGGACGUCCGGAGAGUUCAGAGUAACAGUUGCAGCUGGGAACAGUGUCGGUUUCGGAACUCAGUCGUCAACUUUAACUCUGACAAUUGGUGAUUCUACAUGCCGUAACACCACCUCCGCCACCCAACUGUCCAGAAACACCAUGUCCCCCAACAACAACAGAAACCACAUGUCCCCCAACAACAGAGUGCCCAUCCAUUUGUACAGCCACCAGCGAGACUCCACUGUCUCCUACAGGUAA